AUGGACGAGAGAGACUUACAAGCAUUGGUUGAUGGUGUUGAGGUUGGUGCUUCGGCUUGCAAACGUGAGAGCGGUAGAGUUGAUGGAGGUGUUGGGCAGAGAAUAAAUGGUGAUGGCGGUGGUGGCGGUGAUUGCAAAGGUGUGGAUUUCUCGACCUUCUUCCCUUCUUCCCCUCACCCCUUCCCCUCUCUUCCCCUCAUGUUCUAUCUCCCUAAUUCUAUUAAUCACUCUCCAAUUGAGAUGGGUGGCGCUCAAACUGAAGGCGGAAUCUGAUGAUGUUUCGAGGUGAUCAGGAAGUGAUGGUAGGGGCCUCCUUGCUCUUGUGGCGGAAAGCGGACCUUUACCGGCGGAGGCGGUAACGAAAAAAAGGAAACCUCGAGCGAGGACGAACAAUCCCAAGGGGGGCUGGACUCAGCCCGAGGACGAUAUAAUUCUCGACGGCAGAAAGAAGAAUAAAAGCUGGCAGGAAAUCACAAACGCCGUUAACUUUCUCAAAGACGGCGGUAAGGCUCGGACACUAACCGCGGUUAGGUUGAGGUACCAGAAGGUACUCAAGGACAGGACUGUCGAACUCACUCCGGAGCAGGUUUGCACUUCUUCUCCCCUCCCGCCCCUUCCUCCCUUCUCCUACCCACCUCCCCCGCCCACCCUAGAACUCUCCCUCAAGUCUUCGUACCCCUACUCCAGGUCCAGCUUCCUCUUCAUUCUCUUUUCUUUUUUAAUUUUUCUCGAUCCGGUGGGUGUCCCGGGCUAACUAACACUCUUGAGUCACAGCUCGAGCAUCUCCGGCAAGCAAAACGAGAGGUAGAAGGGAGCGAAAAAUUUCGCUUCGUGGCUGAACGCUUCAAGGAACUAUCCAAGAUAGAGUUAUCGCGGGCCAUUUGUCAAAAGAUCCUCAGAGCAGAAAAAUGCGAACUCGCACCAGCUGCUAAAUCAGACCCGGAGCCUGACCCAUCCUCAUCUUCCACUACUACCGCUGCCACAUCCUCAUCCCCAUCCUUCGCGAUACACACCACAACCACUGCCACUGCCACUGCAACCACCACCUGA